GUUCAAACAUUAAAGAGGGAGAAUGAAAUUGACUUUGACGACCAUGAAAAAGAAGGAGAAAAAAAGAUUGCGGCGUAUAGCGAAGCAGAAAAAAGCCAAGAAGACAAGGAAGCAGAAAUAUUUUUUUCUG